GGAAGCGGCGCCUCACUUGCCGUUCAACAUUUUAAAGCACAAGCCGCUUUGCUGCAAAAGCGCCUGAACCACACUUCUCUGAAAGGCACAAAAGGAGACGCACAACUGCAGAUUUCACCCGCCGAGGCGGAGGGGUUCAGAGGAAACAAUUGACUGGUAUCAUUUUCUUUGCAACGAGGACUGCAUUUUUAUAAAUCGCAUCGCGGCUUUCCUCCCCGCCCCUUUGCCAUUCCGCUUAUAUGGAUGUAAUUCAGAAUCUGUUAAUUCACGUGGGGGAUCCAGUUACAUCUCGUUCCGCUCCGGGUAUAUUAACGAGAGAGCAAAGCAAUAAUCGCUUUUGGACACAUACCCUUGUUGCUAACCUUUGAACUGAAAGGAUCAAGUUCAGCUCUGGUUACCUGCAUUGGGACGGAAAGGAAGAGCGAGAGAGAGAGAGAGAGAGAGAGCGAGCGAGAGAGAGAGACCGACUGCAAUCUCAUUUGUGAAUCGCUCUCACAGUGCUGCAGAUCCAGAUUGCUAUAACACAUGCAGUGCAAAUGCAGGUAAGGCACACACACAAACUGCGGAUGCAAAAACAAACUUGGGACUCUUGUGUGUGUGUGUAUGUGCAUUGCUCCAGCUUUGGAAAUUCUGGGCAAACGGCUUCUGCAGUUUUUGUAGCGUUGCUUUGUGACUAAUGACCUUGCGCAGAGUUGUUAAAAAAAAAAUCCUCUACGGAGAAAGAACUGAACAUUUUAGGCGAUCUGUGAAGAUGGAUUUGGGUGCUUUUCUGCUAACCGAAGGGGAUUAUCUGUGGACUGUUCUGUAAUACAGGGGGUUCUCGCCUACCCACUAUACAGCUACCGAUAUUAUUGGGGAUUUUUUUUUUAUUUUUCUUUAUUUUUAUUUUAUUUUAAUCAGUUAUUUAAUUGUAUUUUUUUGCCCAUUGCUAAAAGGAUUGGGAGUUUUCCGGACACAACUCCUUUGAAUGAGGCGAUUCACAUUUUUUUCCGUGUGCGUGCACAGUGGGGAAAGAAAAGAGCUAAUGCCUUAGUCGUAAACGGCUGAGAGAGACAGAGGGAGAAGAGUGUGAAUUGUACUUAACUCUAGGGGCAAAGAAGGCGACCGGGGGGGGGGGGGCUUCUUAUAGCACCGUGCUGCUCCUGCUUUUAUUACAAACCUUGCAAAGUGAUUACAGUAAAACCAGAGAGAAGGAGCAGGAAAAUCCCGUCCUAUCUGUUGAGAUGAAUCUUUAAAAAGCAAAAUACACUGUCCCAUGAACUGUAAGCAUAUUGCAACUGGAAGGAAGGGAGGAGAGAAGCCAACAUUAGGGUUUUGAUCACCGAUUGCACCAGUUAUGAGACAAUAAGUUUCCUGGAAGAGAAGGAUUUUAUAAUUGAUCAUCCGCACGCUGAGCAUUUCUGUUGGCUUGUCAGGGGAGUUGGUGGAAGAGAGGAGGGGGUUUUUGGUGAGAAGAAGAUGAGGAAGAUGCGGACUCUCUUUGGCUUUGUGCAUUGCUGCUGCUUCUUGCUCCUGCUGCCUCCCCCGCUCUGGGUCAGCCUGGCCGCGGCCAAGCAGCUGCUGAGGUACCGGCUGGCCGAGGAAGGACCUGCCGACAUCCGCAUCGGCAACGUGGCUUCGGACCUGGGCAUCGUGACUGGCUCUGGAGAGGUGACAUUCAGCCUGGAGUCGGGCUCCGACUACCUGAAGAUCGAUAACAUGACCGGGGAGCUGAGCACCACAGAGCGGCGCAUAGACCGCGAGAAGCUGCCGCAGUGCCAGAUGAUUUUCGAUGAGAACGAGUGCUUCCUGGACUUCGAGGUGUCGGUGAUCGGCCCUUCGCAGAGCUGGGUGGACCUCUUCGAGGGCCGGGUCAUCAUCCUGGACAUCAACGACAACACCCCCACCUUCCCCUCGCCCGUCCUCACCCUUACCGUGGAGGAGAACCGGCCCGUAGGGACCCUCUAUCUGCUCCCCACCGCCACCGACAGAGACUUCGGCAGCAACGGCAUCGAGCGUUACGAGCUGCUGCAGGAGCCCGGCGGGGACGGGGGCAGACGCGGAGGAGGGGGGUCGGCUUCUGCCGCUGAGAGCGCCCUCUACCCCGGCGGCAGUAAGAGGAGGCAGGAGCCGGACGGGGCGGCCCGCAGCAGCGUGUUCGAGCUGCAGGUGGCCGACACCCCUGACGGGGAGAAGCAGCCGCAGCUGAUUGUCAAGGGGGCGCUGGACCGAGAACAGAGGGACUCCUAUGAACUGAGCCUGAGGGUGCGGGACGGCGGCGACCCGGCCCGCUCCUCCCAGGCUAUCCUGAGGGUGCUGAUCACCGACGUGAACGACAACAGCCCCCGCUUUGAGAAAAGCGUCUACGAGGCCGACCUGGCGGAGAACAGCAGCCCCGGGACCCCCAUCCUGCAGCUGCGGGCCGCCGACCUGGACGUGGGGGUGAACGGGCAGAUCGAGUAUGUCUUCGGGGCGGCCACCGAGUCGGUGCGGCGCCUGCUGCGUCUGGACGAGACCUCGGGCUGGCUCAGCGUCUUGCACCGCAUCGACCGGGAGGAGGUGAACCAGCUCCGCUUCACCGUCAUGGCCCGGGACCGGGGCCAGCCGCCCAAGACCGACAAGGCCACGGUGGUGCUGAACAUCCGCGACGAGAACGACAACGUGCCCACCAUCGACAUCCGCAAGAUCGGCCGCAUCCCGCUGCGGGACGGGGUGGCCAGCGUGGCCGAGGACGUGCUGGUGGACACCCCCGUCGCCCUGGUGCAGGUGUCCGACCGCGACCAGGGCGAGAACGGCGUGGUGACCUGCACGGUGGUAGGGGACGUGCCCUUCCAGCUCAAGCCGGCCAGCGAGGGCGAGGGGGAGCCCCAGAACAAGCGCAAGUACUUCCUGCACACCUCGGCCCCGCUCGACUACGAGGCCGUCCGUGAAUACAACGUGGUGAUCGUGGCCGUGGACUCGGGCAGCCCCAGCCUGUCCAGCAACAACUCGCUGCUGGUGCGGGUGGCCGACACCAACGACAACCCGCCGGUGUUCGGCCAGGCCGUGCUGGAGGUCUCCUUCCCGGAGAACAACUCGCCCGGGGAGAGGGUGGCCACGGUGGCGGCCACGGACGCGGACAGCGGCAAGAACGCCGAGAUCUUCUACUCGCUGGAGCCCUCGCCCCUCUCCUCGGAGGCGCCCGGCGGCAUCUUCAGCAUCGACCCGGACUCCGGGGACGUGCUGGUGCAGGCGGUGCUGGACCGCGAGCAGCGCGACACCUACGAGUUCCAGGUGACGGCCCGGGACAAGGGGGCGCCGGCCCUGCAGGGCUCCACCACGGUGGUGGUGCGGGUGGCCGACCGCAACGACAACGAGCCGCGCUUCAUGCAGGACGUGUUCACCUUCUACGUGAAGGAGAACCUGCAGCCCAACAGCCCCGUGGGCAUGGUGACCGUGAUGGACUCCGACCGGGGCCGCAACGCCGAGCUCAGCCUCUCCAUCCAGCCCGGGGAGCAGGACCAGGCCGCCGGCAUCUUCUCCAUCGAGAACGACACCGGCACCAUCUACUCCACCGUCUCCUUCGACCGGGAGCAGCAGACCAGCUACACCUUCAAGGUCAAGGCGCUGGACGGAGGGGAGCCGCCCCGCUCGGCCACCGCCACCGUCUCUCUCUUCGUGAUGGACGAGAACGACAACCCGCCCGCCGUCACUUUCCCCAGCAAUAGCUCCUACACCGUGCUGCCCCCCUCCAGCAGCCUGCGCACCGUGGUGGCCACCGUGCUGGCCACCGACGCGGACACGGGCCUCAACGCCGACCUCAACUUCAGCAUCGUCGGGGGCAACCCCUUCAAGCUCUUCGAGAUCGACCCGGCCAGCGGCGUGGUGUCCUUGGUGGGCAAGCUGGCGCCCAAGCACUACGGCCUGCACCGCCUGGUGGUGCAGGUGAACGACAGCGGCCAGCCGCCCCAGUCCACCACCGCCUUGCUCCACGUCUUCGUCAACGAGAGCCUCUCCAACGCCACCGUGGUGGAGAGCCAGGUGGCCCGCAGCCUGCACACGCCCCUGGCCCAGGACAUCGCCGGCGACCCCAGCUACGAGCUGAGCAAGCAGCGGCUCAGCAUCGUCAUCGGGGUGGUGGCCGGCAUCAUGACGGUGAUCCUGCUCAUCCUGGUGGUGGUCAUGGCCCGGUACUGCCGUUCCAAGGGCAAGCACGGCUACGAGGCGGGCAAGAAAGACCACGAGGACUUCUUCACCCCGCAGCAGCACGACAAGGCCAAGAAGCCCAAGAAGGACAAGAAAGGCAAGAAGGGCAAGCAGCCCCUCUACAGCAGCAUCGUCACUGUGGAGGCCUCCAAGCCCAACGGGCAGCGCUACGACGGCGUCAACGAGAAGCUCUCCGACAGCCCCAGCAUGGGCCGAUACCGCUCGGUCAACGGCGGCCCGGGCAGCCCGGACCUGGCCAGGCAUUACAAAUCCAGCUCGCCGCUGCCCACUGUCCAGCUUCACCCGCAGUCCCCCACCGCUGGGAAAAAGCACCAGGCCGUGCAGGAACUGCCCCCGGCCAAUACUUUUGUGGGGGCAGGAGACAACAUCUCCAUUGGAUCGGAUCACUGCUCCGAGUACAGCUGUCAGGCCAGCAGCAAGUACAGCAAGCAGGUGGAUACAGUGCAGACUACGCAGCCCCCUGGCCACAUUGAGGAAUCGUGUAAAAUGAAUCCAUUUCGUAGAGUGACGUUUUCUGUUGUGAGUCAGCCUCAGGACCCACAUCAAGGGUCAUUGCAGAGUUGCUAUGACAGCGGUCUGGAGGAGUCAGAAACACCAAGCAGUAAGAGUUCAUCAGGGCCAAGACUGGGUGCCCUUCCACUCCCAGAGGACAACUACGAAAGGACUACGCCGGAUGGCAGUGUUGGUGAGGCAGAGCAUAUGGAAAAUGACUCGAGGCCUCUACCAGAUGUAGCCCUGACGGGGAAAUGUACUCGAGAGUGUGAUGAAUAUGGCCACUCGGACUCCUGCUGGAUGCCAGUUCGCACUUCGCCUGAAAGGAAGCAGAAGAGCCAGCCAAAACUCUCCACCUUCAUGCCCGUUGAUGAACGAGGCAGUCAGGAAAAGCUGGCCAAUGGAGAAGCCUCCCUCAUGGGUGAUCGCAACAGAAACCUCCUGAACAAAAAGUUGACCUCAUCCUAUGAGACCUUCAACGCAGCUAGCUUCAGCAAAAAUGAGGAAGCCAAUCCAGAGGAUAUCCCCCUUACACAGACAGGGGAAUACAAGCCAUCUCCUGUCAAUACUCUAACUAGAAGAGAAGUUUACCUGUAGGUUAUAAAGAAGCCACAACAAGGUUCAUUCAUGCAUAAGAAGGAAAAGGGGCAAAUCUUAAAAUCAAAACAGUUUAGCACGAAAAAAGGAAAAAAGAAAAAAAGAAAAAAAAAAAGAGGGGGCCACCAAAGAGACAAAAGCUUUGCCUGCCACUUCUGCCUCCAUAUCAGGCGUUUAAUUAUAUAGUCUGCCUGACUAUACUGUACAAUGUAGAAACCAUUGUUGUCCUUGCAUGUCUAAUCUCCCUCACUGAUUUUUAUUUUCUUAAAUUUAUGGUUGCAAAUUGCUUUCAUGGUAACAAGCCUGAUUAAAAGAACACAACACACUGUUGUUACCCCUCUGCUGAAGCACGAUUUAAGCCACUCUGAUUUUGUUUGAUUGUCAUCUGGCUUGUUAAGGAUAACAGGUCAGGGAAAAUAUACUCCAAGCAUAUCAUCUGAACAUUGCUGAUCCCCAACAGGGAUGUUCCUUCAGAAAGCGUACAAACAUAGAGGUAAAUAUAAAGGGAUAACCAUUAAUAGACACUUUGUGAAGAUCACAGCUUUAAUAUUCUCACCUAAGGCUUGAAGCAAGAGAAUUAUACUCAGCCUGAGACUGCAGUCCAAAAGAUGGCAUAUUUCCCUAUGAAUCAUGAACUCUGGGUUCUGUUUUCGCCAUAGAAUGAACUCUAUCGGCUUACUUCAACGUAACAAAAUUAAUGUCAUAUGUACCAUAGCAUUCUAAUGAUAAACUGUUAAACUCAUGUUAUUUUGGACAAGACAUAUAUCUAGUUGGGAUGAUCAUAGUAACUAAAAAGGCCAAAGAUCGCGCACUAUGGAUCAGGGGAAUUGCUAAGUAUUUGGUCUUGGCUUAGAAAUCCAGUGUACCUACAAACCAUAUGCAUGCACACAUAAAUACACAUUCAAUUACAUUUUGCACAGCAACACAGUCCACAAGCCCGGAUGACCUACUACUACUUCAAUGUAUUUUAGUAGAAUGCCCAAAAGAACUACUAAGAUGUUUGCUGAUAAUGUUAUAACAACAUACAGCAUCUGUUGUAUGAUAGGAUACUGCCAGUUCCAGGGAAUAUUUUCCAAAAGGUUACAUUUAAAAAAAAAAUCAGAGGUGUUGAAAUCACCCAGAACACUUUUGGGGGAAGGUAGAUGGGGGGAAAAAGUGGUAUGAUGCAGUGACAAGAGUAUAUUGCAAGUCAAGUAAAAAUUUUUCUUUUCAGAGUGCAAGCUAUGCUUGCUAAAUCUUUUGUCAUCAAUGUUGCAGAUUACCAAUUGUGUUUGUCAAAGGUAUGAUGCAAGUUUUCUUGAAACACAAGUGCAUUAAAACAGUCCUGUGCAAUAUGAAAAAAUGUCAAGACUCAACACACUUAAGGAGGGUAACAAACGGUUGGAUUGACUUGAGCAUUGAUAUGAUCCUUUACACGGUAGCUUGAGAGAAGUCACAAGGAAUCCAAACUAAUCAUGAUAGCAAAGAGCUACGGCCAGUGGCAAUUCUCACAGUGUGUACUACUUAAAGGGAAUAGGAAACAAAACAGGUUUUUGUGCAAUAAAAGCAACAAAAUGUGCAGAACUUGAGCUAGUUGCUUUGUAGCUGAUGAUGUAGUAAUAAUUGAAUACUGAACUCAGACAUUCAGAUGAAAAUGACAAUCAGUCAACACAGUGGGGACAGUUUGAGAAGGGUGCAAACAUUCAAAUCCCUGGGUGUUUAACCUGGCAUUAAGGCAUGGCUAGAUGGCUGUUUAGUAGACUGUAGUCACAAUGUAGCUUUGGGUAGUUUCUUCCUUUUGAAGAAUUACAUAGAGAAUAUAACAUUAAACAGCCUGAAAUAUAGGUUAGUAAAUCAGUACAACUCAUCACAACAUUUACUUUUCAAAUUCUCUUCUCUAUAUAGAGGGGUGCCCAUUUUGGCCAUUACAUUCCCCUCUUAAAUUUAGUUUUCAUUUUGAUGCUAGUUUGUGUGUAGAAGUUAUGAUGAAUGGACACAAGUUAUGAAGAAAAAAAUAUUAAAACAAAGAUUAAUAAUUGAACUUUUUUACAUUUAAUUAUUUAAAUUAUGGAGAGAUGCAAAUUAGUACUUUAUUAUGAGACUGUAAAGAACAGUUACUGCAUUGUAUAAUCUGUAAGUAUCCUGUUAAGGAAAAAAAAAGAUUCUAAAGAUGCUUAUGUAAUGUAUACACAGUUUUAUUGCACGCUUCAACAGAAUACAAAAUUGCAUAACAGAUGUUCAACAAUUUUUUUUCUUUAAUAGGAACUUUUUAUUUAAUACUCAGUCGAAAACCACUAGAUGACUUGUUUCAAAAUAUCUUUAAACCCUUUUUCUAAAAAGCUAUUAAUACAGGUCAUACAAGACCUUCAGAUUAAAUGGAUCAGCAGUCACUCACCUGGUUUUGCACCACAUAAGGCAGUCAUGCCAUUGUCAUUUACUUGUGAACAACUCCUUAGAACUAAAAUGGGUGUGAAAAGAAUAAUUUAAAAAAAAUCAAUGUACUUUAAAUAUUCACAGUAAUUAUAGUAGAACUACCCAUCAUAACAUGGCAAUUACUAUUAUGACCUGGCAUGACACAGAAAUACAUUUUGUGUUUGUAGGUUUUUUUUUCAUUUGAAAUAGGUUAAUCUGGUGCCACUCCAUAUAUAGAGUGCUUUUGUAAAAAUAAACACAUAAUACAAAAUGAAGUAAAAAAAAUUUAGAUUGAAUGCAAAAUAUGCAACUGUGCCUUUUAUACCUGUUAUAGUUAGAAAGGUGAUUGGGUUUGGGCACUGAGGGGUAAUGGGCUAUUCCCAACUUUUGUGAACCUGUAUAUUGAUCCCUGUUUAUUUUCUGAUAAAUUAUAAAUAAUAUAUUUAAAAAAAUGCCUUCUGCCAAACUCAGAUAUUGGACCAGUCUUAAGUAUCUUUGAUUAUGAAAACCAGAUUGUAGCUUAGCUAUGCACUGCUUUUUGUUUUACUUCCAAUCUACUGCCUGGAAGGCUACAGUAUAGAUUACAAUAGAUAAAUACCAUAUAGUUAUUUAGAAAGGCGUCAUAAAUUCAUUUUGUCAGGAAAAUUGAUGAUUUAGUGUCUCUUAAUUGCUUUUAGCUGCCAUUCCAUUUUGGUUGUACAGUAUAAAAAAUGUCCUUUUUUUCCUUCCAUGGGAAACUCAAAUGAACUUUGCAUGUAUUUUACAUUAGGACAAAUUUAUAGAUUGAUGCAUAACUAUAUAACUUUAUAUGUAUUAGAGAAGUCUGUAGCUUCAGUCUAAAAUCUAAUGCUCCUUCUGAACCUCCAGAUCGACUAUAUUAUUCAAUAUGGUUUCUGACUGGCCUGCUGCCUGAGUUUCAGAAAAAAACCAACGUAGACAUUAUUUUUUUGUGAGGAAGAACUAAAAUGGGAUCGAAGAUGCUUGGCUGAAAGGCUACCCUAGGAAGGUAGGAAAUGUCAAGUAGGAAAUGUAGAGCAAGGCCAAAUGAAUCUGCCAUAAAUAUUGCUGUUGCUAAAAAGCUUUUAAAGAACUUGAACAACAAAGCAGUUUGUUAUAUCAGUUAUAAACAUACAGUGUUUCCUUAAGAAAUGAAAAAGAAUAGAGGACAACAGUAGAAAUGAAUGUAGUCCAGCAAUUAAACUGAGUUGCUGCCCGAAGAGCAUAACACAUGGAAGAAGGCAUCAUUUUCCAGCUACCUGGGGUACACUUUCAAACAACUUUUUCCUAAAUUUUAAAGCACUUGCAUUCAGUGUGGUACGAUCUGUUUGUAAUAUUAAUCAUUGACUAUUGUUCUGCAACUUGGAUGUUGAUAGUGAAGCAGAGAACAAUUUAUCAUUGUUUAUUAUGAGUCACUAUGCACGCACCUAUGCUAAACAUGGCAAAAUGUAUUAAACGCUAGUCCACCUCUAUUUAUGAAAUAUUUUACAUAAUUUAAUUUGCUUUUGUACAGUUUUAUGUAAAUAAAUUGCUUGUCAUUUUUGUCUCUGCAAAUUAAAAAUAUAACAUGUUCAAAUGGUU